CGGAGUCUGGGCCAAGGUCUGACCAGAACUUCUGCCGCGGAACCUCCAGCUCUCUGCCUGCGUCUACAACAAUAACGACACGAAAAGGCCCAUUCAGCAGCCCACCCGCAUAAAGUGCGCCACAGAAACAUGAAUGCGGCCGGGUUGAUGUGCGCGCGGUCCUUCCGACGGCCUCCGCCGCUGCUUCCGCCUCCGUCGAUCUUCUCCCUCACGGUUCAGAGGCGCCUGCAGUCCACUCAGCCCGUCCCUGCUGCCCGGCUCCCAUACAGGGUGAAGCUGUCUGCCGGGAAACGCUACGCCUGGUGUGCCUGUGGCCACAGCAAGAAACAGCCUUUCUGCGACGGCGCUCACAAAGCAAAAGCCCCAAAUAUCUCACCUCUACUUUUCACUGCCGACAAAAACAAGACAGUGAUGCUCUGUGCCUGUAAGCAAACCAACAACUCUCCGUAUUGCGACGGCUCGCACUUGAAAGUCAUCUAUAGGGAUGUGGUAAAGUAUAUUAAAGGCCUGUUUAAAUGAUCCAGGUCACCAUGUCUUACCUUGCCACAUUGUGUGACGCAAAUGCUGUUGAUAAAACACAAAUGCUGCUUAUUUGUAUUCAAGCUUUUUGUUUUUGGGUCACAUAAUAUUGUUCAUGAGCACUAAAAGAAGUAUUUUGUAGAACUGUAGUAGUGUGAACCUGAUUUCUGUAAGAGUACAAUAAAACAUAUUUUUACAAAACA